ACCGUGCAUGGCGCGCGCAGGGCGACGCGGAGCGGGCUGGUGCUGGGCGCUGGCGCUGCUCGGGCUGGCGGCGGCUCUGGGCGCGUCCCCGACGUCGAGGCGCCGCUGGCCGGUGCCCUACAAACGCUUCUCUUUCCGCCCGAAGCCAGAUCCCUACUGUCAAGCUAAGUAUACCUUCUGUCCUACUGGCUCACCUAUCCCAGUUAUGAAGGACAAUGACAUCAUCGAAGUCUUAAGACUACAAGCCCCUGUUUGGGAAUUUAAAUAUGGAGACCUCCUGGGACACUUUAAAAUUAUGCAUGAUGCCAUCGGCUUCAGGAACACGCUAACAGGCAAGAACUACACAAUAGAGUGGUAUGAGCUUUUUCAGCUUGGUAACUGUACCUUUCCUCACCUUCGACCCGAAAUGGAUGCUCCGUUCUGGUGUAACCAAGGGGCGGCCUGCUUUUUUGAAGGAAUUGAUGAUCAACACUGGAAGGAAAAUGGGACAUUAGCUCUAGUCGCGACCAUGUCCGGAAACACAUUUAACAAAAUGGCAGAGUGGGUGAAGCAGGACAAUGAAACAGGGAUUUAUUAUGAGACAUGGACGGUCCAGGCCAGCCCAGGAAAAGGGGUGGAGACAUGGUUUGAAUCCUACGACUGUUCGAAAUUUGUGUUAAGGACAUACGAGAAAUUGGCUGAAUUUGGAGCAGAAUUCAAGAAGAUAGAAACAAACUAUACAAGAGUAUUUCUUUACAGUGGAGAACCUACUUACUUGGGAAAUGAAACAUCUAUUUUUGGGCCAAAAGGAAACAAGACUCUUGCUUCAGUCAUAAAAAAAUUUUAUGACCCCUUCAAACCACGUUUGUCAACCAAAGAAUUUCUGUUGAGUCUCUUGAAAGUUUUUGAUUCAGUGAUUAUGCACAGAGAGUUCUACCUGUUUUAUAACUUUGAAUAUUGGUUCCUACCUAUGAAAUUCCCCUUUGUCAAAAUAACAUACGAGGAAAUCCCUUUACCUACCAGACAUACACUCCCUGACCUGUGACACGUUCAUUCCACUGCUCUCUCCAGC